GCUUAUCUAAAGACAUCCGUCGUUGUUCCUCCUCAUGUUAAGCCCUCAACUCUCCCUCUCUCUCUCCUCCGAUCCAAGCCAACGAAAAUCCUCACUCCCAGCUGUUCACGCUACCAACCCUACAGAUCUCUCUCUCUCUACAUACAUGCAUACAUAUACAUAAAGAUCCAUCCACCCGUAAUCUCAAUUUCCCAGUUAAACCAACUUUGGAGUUGUCACAGCGGCACAGUGAAAUGUCCUGUGACAACUAGGGUAGGGUUUUUUAACUUUUUUUUUUUUUUUGUGAAGAAUAUGGCGGUGGAGGCUUCUCACAGUUGGAGGGACUCCUACAAGGGCAUGUCCUCUGACAACAUCAACGGCUUGGUCUUGGCAUUGUCUUCGAGUUUUUUCAUUGGGGCAAGCUUCAUUGUUAAGAAAAAGGGCUUGAUGAAGGCCGCUGCAUCCGGAGUUAGGGCAGGUGUUGGAGGUUACUCGUACUUGUAUGAGCCACUGUGGUGGGUGGGCAUGAUAUCAAUGAUUGUAGGAGAAAUUGCUAAUUUUGCGGCUUAUGCAUUUGCACCAGCUAUUCUGGUUACUCCUCUUGGUGCACUCAGCAUUAUUAUCAGUGCUGCACUUGCACAUGUCAUUUUAGGUGAGAAGUUACAUAUUUUUGGGAUUCUUGGUUGUGCUCUCUGUGUUGUGGGGUCUACCACAAUUGUUCUACAUGCUCCUCAAGAACGUGCAAUUGAAUCUGUGACAGAAGUGUGGGAUCUUGCUACCGAGCCAGGUUUUCUCUUAUACGCAGCUAUGGUGCUAACUGCUGUCUUCAUAAUUAUAUUUCACUAUAUCCCACAAUAUGGCCAGACUCAUAUAAUGGUCUAUAUUGGAGUUUGUUCACUAGUUGGUUCUUUGUCAGUCAUGAGUGUCAAAGCACUUGGAAUUGCCUUGAAGCUAACAUUAUCAGGAAUGAACCAAUUAAUAUAUCCCCAAACGUGGGCCUUCACUCUUGUAGUCCUUACAUGUGUAAUUACCCAAAUGAAUUAUUUAAACAAGGCCCUCGACACAUUCAGCACAGCUGUUGUAUCCCCCAUCUACUAUGUCAUGUUUACGUCUUUCACCAUUUUAGCGAGUGUCAUCAUGUUUAAGGAUUGGGAUAGGCAGAGUCCAACUCAAAUUGUAACAGAAAUGUGUGGGUUUGUGACGAUCCUAUCGGGGACCUUUCUUCUUCACAAAACAAAGGACAUGGUUGAUGGUUUGUCUAUGUCUCCAUCAAUACGACUCCACAGGCACACAGAUGAAGAGGAUGGUUUUGGAAUGGAAGGCAUUCCUCUCAGGCGGCAGGAAACAUCGAGAUCAAUUUAAAGUGGUAUUCCUACAAUUCCCUCAAAAAACUCGUAUAUGCUUCUUUGGGGAAGGGAUCUGAGUAAUGUCAACUUGUAUUUUAUGAACAUUGGAUCCAUCCCCUCGUGUUCAUUUUGGGACAGUUAGUUGGUGAAGAUAGGGGGAGGUUUUAAAUUUCUUUACUAUUUUUUAAAAUUUCUAGUUUUGGAUCAAAAUGAGGCGCAGGGCCUUGAAAUGCCAGACCCCUUCCCCCUCAAUAUGAGGCACGGCCAGUGCAAAUGUAAUUUUGAGCAUGUCAGUUAUAUAAUUAUUUUACAAAGAAUUAUGUAAAGCUAUCUUAGCAGAAGAAAUUACAAAAUUAUCGUCCCUUACAAUUGUCUUACAGUAAUUGCACCAUUGUUGCCACAUUAUAUUUGGCUUGUGUUCCAUUUGCAACCAUCAGCUUCAUUGAAACAAAACUGUAUAAUUUUUCAA